AUGUUUCCCUUGGCCGUCCAAAAAGUCGCUAACCUUCUCUUCUUCUUCUCUCUCCACACUGCAACUACUCUUAAGUCACAGCGUCCCGUGUUUUCCAAACGCUCCCACCAAAAACAAAAAGAGAAAAAAGAAAAGAAAAAAAACGCCGAAAAAUCUCUCUUCCCGUCUUCCUUUUCUAACCCUAUAUUUUACAUGAAUUCCUGUCAUGCCCUUCCUCUCCUCCCCUAUUCUAGGGUUUCAUGUCCCUCACGGCCUUGAUGCAUUAUAAAUGGAAAAUUCCUCCAUCUUCCCAUUCAAUUCCUCUUUCGCUCCUUUCUGCGUAGCCGCGGCAGCGACCGCAUUCUGUUGCCUGUGCGCGUUGUGGGCCGUCCGAUCAAAGAAGGCGGCAGUGGGUCACGGUGGCCGCCCGAAGAAGUCCUGCGGGUGCAGCUGCUCCUGCGGCGUGGAUUCCCACACUCCUUACGCGAACGGGAGCGCAGGGGAGAGGUACGAGAAGGGCCCCGCCACGAUGGCCGUUGAGCGGCCAAUGGGGGGCGGCUCGAUGAUGGAGCAACUGGUUCCGGAGAUCACAACUCACACGCUCAGUUACUUGGAUUACCCAAGCCUUUGCCGCCUGUCGAUGACCAACACGUCGAUGCGGAGGGCCGCCAAUGACGACAGUGCAUGGAAGGCGCUCUACCACAAGGACUUCACGGUGGAACAGGAUAGUGUGACUCCACUUAAUGGAUGGAAGUCUUACUAUGCAGCUACAAAGGCUGUUGUGAAUAUUAAUGCAAUAUUCUAUAACAUCAUCAAUGAAAGGUCACUCUCAGCAAUGGGUCGUCUUUGGCUCCAUGCAGAUUAUGUGAAGUGCGUCCAUGGUUCUGGAGAGCUUUUUACAGGGUACAAUGCCGUUAUGGACAGUUGGGAACUUGCAUUUAGCUGGGGACAAGGAAUUGCCUUUCAGAUUCGAGAUGUGCGGGUUCGUGUGCUUUCUGACAUGGCGUGGGUAACCCUUAAAGCCUUUGUUGAUGUGGAAUCCGGGCCGUUCCACGUGACUAACGUCUUUGAGUUUCACAACGGGCAGUGGUACAUGGUUCACCAUCACAGUUCAGUGAUGCUUAUCGAUGGGGAAGCGGAGCACCAUAACAUUUUCGGGUAAAGAGGAGAAUAAAAGAACUACCAUUCAUCCCGUGUGUCAAGCUGCCUCAUCACUGGAGUUUGCCUGUCCUCUCUCUCUCUCUCUCUGUUUUUCCUUCAAAGUUUUUCUCUACAGUUUCUCCAACUUUAUUGUUGGUUUUUGCUCCUGUCCUUUGAUGGGCCAGUCGUUAUAUAUUAUAUAUAUAAAUAUUUCUUGC